AUGUCUUUAAUUGUAUUAGAAGAUUGUGAAGAAAAAGCCUUCAUACAGAUCAUCAAGUAGGUUACAAGUUCACUUAUACUUAUACAAUUAAGGACAGGUCAGCCAAAUUUGUGGGGCAGGGCAUUGCUUAUAAAUUUCGUUGUUUUUGUACACCAAGAGAUACACUGUAUAAGCUCUACUAUUGACAACUUAAAUGGUUUUCAUUAUUGCUUGAUUUGUAGGGGUAAGAAUGCCAUCCAUCUGUAAGAUCUGUGAACAUGCAAUAAUUAUAAUGUAUUUAAUGCAGCAUUAAGACUUAGCAGGCGGAAAUUGUGAAUUGUUACUGAAUAGUACAAGUCUGAAAAAAAAUUUUUUACAGAGAUCAUAAGGAGGCAAGUCAUUUUUAGGAAUUCAUGUUUUGUUGUUAACAUCUCCUUGACCUUCCAGAGCUCCAAGUGCUUGCAACAAACAUACUCCUGUUGUGUACAUCUCUUCAGGACCCCUGUCAGGUAUCAUGCAUGUGCCACAUGAAUUCAGUUUUAUCACACACAUUGUAAGUUGUUGAGUAUAUUAGCCUCUGUAGAGUCAGAGCGAUACAAAAGUCUAUUGCAAGCCUGAAAAAGCACUUAAAUGCCUAAAAGUCAGCUUUUUAUUAACUCCUUCGAUAUAAGACUAUUAGUUCUGCUUUUCAUUCCCCUACCGAUGAAGAGUGAUAAAGCACCUCAGUUUGCUUAGAAAUCCACCCAUUUAUUCCUUUUUUCAGCAUUUGACAAUCAAGAAAUUUUUAGUAAGUCCUUUAGCUGCUUAGAAAAAGCAGUUUUCUUGGCUUGGCCAUCAUCUAGUUGCUGAAAGUGUGAAAAGUGCCUACUAUAAUGAAGCAAACAUUAAUAGUACCUAAGGUAUUUGGCUAUAUAUUUCCCCUUACAAACAACAAAAUUGGUUACUUUAAAAGGAUGCAUUCCUCUUUUCCAGAAGAUCUCUUACCAAACAUUGAGUAUAUUGACUGUUUCAUAUAUGAAUUGAUACUGGUUUAGGUGUUGUGAGAGACUUGAUGCAAGAGCAGUUCAUUGAUGAGCUGGUAUUCAAGUGCUUGACACUGGAAGAUGAUCUGGGAAGGGCUGUUGCUCGUCUGAAAACACAGCCUGGGCAGUUUGCUAGUAAGUGCUCUAUUUAGACACUAGCUGUUAUUAAAAUAAACAGCAGGCUCCAGCUAAUCAAACAGUGGAAAAUGCUAUCCAUGAAGUAUUUGGAGUGGUUUCCCCUAUAGCUAUCCACUGAAUAGUUAUUUGUCUGUUAGACAGAAGGCCUUCAAGGGGGAGAGGUGGGGGGGGGGGGGGGGGGAUGCUGUCGCUUUGUUGGCCAUUUGCCUGUAAAGAAUAAAUGGUUAUAAUUUUUUAAUUAACCUUUCUCCCUUGAGGGGACCAUUUUUGAACAAUACCAUGAUUAGAAAACUUUCCAAAGGAAAUUUAAAAAAAGUUUUAAAUAAGAGAAGAGAUCAGAGUUUGUCAUUUUGCUACUGAAACAGCCAAAAUGCAAAAGUGAACAGAUGAGGCUUUCACUACUUCAAAUUGGAUUGUCACUAUCACAAUUAUUUCCUCCUUUUGCAUUGAUUGUUGGUGCUUUCUGAGAAGGUUGUCGCCUGUUUCCAAGGCCAUGUUGCCUGUUGCUUCCACUCCAUGGAAGCCCUCAGUUAGGGUCGUUAGGGCUAUCCAUCCCUCAAACAGCUGGGGCCAGAAAUAAGGCUGUGGUCUAAAAAAAGACAAUUUUUUAAAAAAAUUAGCUGAAUAAGGCCAGGGUGCCACCACUACUUAAAAGUGCCUUUUCAACAGAAAAGAUUGUUUUGGACUUCUUUAAAAAAUUCCAUCAUAAUUUGUCUGCAGUUACACCCAAGUCAAAAAGGUCCGUCCGCCCGAGAAAAAGAACACCUGAUCAUGGAGCAGCCUUUUCAUCCCCAAAUUGCAUGUUUUCAGGUAGGUACCUGUGUUAAUUUAAGAGAAAACGUUUUUUAAAGCUUAUACAGUGGAACCCCGUUAAUGCAACUACCGUUGGGCCAUAAAAUCCUGGUCGUAAUAACGAGGUGGUCGCAUUAACGGGGUCUUCAAAAUAAUAAAAUGACCCAGUGGUUUUUACGUUGGGUUUGAUAGAAUAUGGCCGUAAUAACAAGGUGGUCUUAUAAACGGGGUGGUCGUAAGGCGCGGUUCCACUGUAUACAGUUUUCAUUCAGUAGAAGUGUUGAUGACACCACUAAUAACAAGGUGCUGAACAUUUUAUGUUAACUAGACUUUAUAAUAAAAUAUAGCUCAACUCAUCAUUGCAUUGCUGAUCCAAGCAGUUAUCUAUGUAACAGUAAUAAGUGAAAAAUUUUUAUAAGUUAGACUCCUUUACUUUGAUAGGUGCAGCAACUUCAUCUGUUGUGUCACCAACACCACAUGGGUUGGAUUAUGCACAAAUAAAUUCUCUCAUAGCGACAACGCUAUUUAAGCAGCAACAAGACUCUGCUCAGCAUGAAAGUGAUCCUCAUCUCUUCUUAGAAGGUGCACUUUGCAGCAAUGUUGCUCAGCCAUGCCCUGGACUAAGCUUUCAUACUCAUGAAGAAAGCAACAAGAUGAUUAAACCAGACGGUUGUGCUAAAGGAAUGCACCCCUCAAGCAUUAUGGCAGAAAAUCAUUCUCUGCCGAACAUACAUCAGUGGUUUCCCUCUGUUACUAUUGCUGCUAAUGGCAGACGAGAAGUGAGAACACACAGCAAUGUCAAAAGGGAAGAGAAAUGUUUGGCUGGAGGCAAAGAGGAAGAAAAUAACAAGACCCCCGUAAAAGCCAGUGAUAAGCACUUUUCCUCACCCAGGUAACAAAUUUGGUUGCUAGAUGGGUGGCUAGUUAUUUGGGUGGGUGGCGAGGGAGAGUUGGAGGGUGGGUAACUGGUUAAGGGGUGGAUGGAUGGCGGUGGGACGCUUCUUAAUUGUAAUUGUGAGGUCUGUCAAGCAUUAGAAAUGAACUGAUUUUGUAACUAAGGAUAAAAAUAUUCGAGAAAUUUCACAUAUUCUUGAUGCAAUGUCUUGCUGAGUUUAAAGACUUCAAAGUAAAUAUUGUGCAGGCUUGUAUCUGCAGGGGAAUUCUCGCUUUUAAUGCCAGUUUACUAGAAACAAAAGUACUCAAAAUCGCAUUUUGUAAAUCGGCGUCGUUUUCCAGUUGUUUCUUCAUUCAAUUUCAUGGACUCAAGUUUGGAAAGAAAAAGGAACUCCCCGAAACAGACAAAACAGCGAAAGAGGUCAAGGUCAUCUGCUGCGGGCGGGACAGCUGCUGAGAGGAAAGAACUGCACUUAGACAAGGAAAAGAAACGAAGGUAUUGCCGAUGGAAUUGAGUUCAGUAAAAACCCGCAACUAAGAACCUGGUUUUAAGAACUUGUUAGACCAAAAUGUGCCAUUUAGGCCCCCUCUAUAUAAGAACCUGUUUAGCCUAAUUUUUGAAAGAGAAAAACAAUUCUGUACACUUGGGCAACAUUCAGAAUCCUCUUUGGAGACAUAGGUGCCUCAUCACUCCAACUCACUGCAAUGUAAUGGUAUGCAGAUUUUAUAUAAGUAAAAAGCUGAAUAUACCACUAAAUACUCUUAGCUUCAUUGUUUGUUUUUUCUUCAGGAAAUAGGAACCAAUUUAAGGUCCUACAUAGCCUAAUAUUGUGCUAAUUGCCAUUUAUGUAAGAACCUGUUUAGGCUAACUAGAGAAAAUGGAGGUUCUUAGUCUCGGGUUUUUACUGUAUUAUAUAACGAUACUGUAUUUUUGAACGGAGCAUGCUAAUGAGAUUCAUCUGAAAAAGGGAUAAGUCCGUGCGCAUUAUACUACUAACGUCGUGUCUUCUUCCGAUCUAAUCAGUUAUAAGCUUAGGGAAGGUGCCCCGUUUAUUUAGAGACAGUUGAAAAUUGGAGGGCAAAAUGGAGAAUGUUAAGCUUUUUUCGGUGUAUCACAUGUAAUACUACCAAUUUCUAUUAGUUUUUGCGAUAACGGUAUAAAACCAAACAAAAGUAGUAAACUCGUUAUAGUUUGCAAUAGCCCUGACAUUGGAAUUUCAAUAAGUUCUACCACUUCUCCCCGGAUAAAAUUAAGGGUGCGUUCCUUUGAGAUGAUCCGAAUCACUUUCAGGAUCAGUGAUCCGAGAUCACUCGGAUUAUGGUAGAGCAAAUGAAGCAGUGAAUCCACUCUGGACAAGGAUUCAUCGGUUCAUUUGUUCUACCAUGAUCCGGGUGAUCUCGGACUACUAAUCCUGAUCCGGAUCAUCCCAAAGCGGAACGCGCCCUUUAACUUCGUAUUCAACGGCAACAUCAUUACAGUGCUUAAAGGAGGUAACCUGGAGCCUCUGCUUACAGGGUAGAGGUGAGGGGCAUUGCGGGCCAAUUAUUUGAGGGAUUAAAGAGACGAAUGCGUGAAUAGCGCAGUAUUUCAUGGAACUAUGGAGUUAAGUAUUAGAGAGAUUUAGAGUCACGUUUACGACAAACGUUCAAGUUAGGAAAAGAGCAGCAAAUAACAGGUCGAUACUAUUCUCAUGGAUAGAACUGACGUGAAUCUACCGAUUUUCGUGUAGUUACGAUGGCAGUAAACCACAAGCCAAAGGGAGAACUUGGCCACGUUGUAAAAACUCGUGUAUGCCGUAAGCGCGACUCUAAAUCUCUUUAUUGUUAAAGGGUAGCUAUGCCAUGAAAACAAAUGCGAAUACAAUAACUACACGUUUUUUGUUGCCCAUUGUGGCCAGAAUUGGCCACCUGCAAUCUGUAACCAAAAAGGAAGACAAAGUAUGAAUUGAGGCUGUAUGCAAAGACCAUGUCACAGGAAAAAAUAACGGAUUCCCAUUUUUGGAUAUUUUUGGGUAUUUAAAGAAUACUCAUAAAAAUCCCAAAUUUGGCAAAGUGAGACAAGUCCCAACCAGGGAAUUCCCAACCAAGUUCCCAGAUUGGGACUUGUCUCACUCUUCCAAAUUUGGGAUUUUUGUGGGUAUUCUUUAAAUACCCAAAAAUAUCCAAAAAUGGGAAUCCGUUAUUUUUUCCUGUGUGUCGUAUCUCUUUCUCCAGAGAACGAAUUACACAAUCAUGGCACUGGCUACGUCAGCUUGUACCUAACUGUGACGCGUAUGCAGACAAGGCUACAGUAUUUGAGAUGAGCGUUGCAUAUUUACACCACUGCUGGAAAUACCAUGCACCCAUUAUACAGCAAGUAAAUAAGGUGUGUUAUUUCAUACCUACAUGUAUACAAUGGUAUAGUGAAUGACAGUCUUAGGCGUUACGUGAGUAAAUGAUAAUGAUGGUAAUGAUGCAAGUGACGGAAGCCAGAUUUGUAGUUUAAAACAAAUCAUUUGGGCCAUUUACACAAGGGAAAAUAAGACGCAUUUUAAAUAAGAUGUAAACUGUCCCGUUUUUGAAGCUAAGUGUUACGUUUUUCUAGGGCCCGAAGGCAAAUUUUAAAACCCAAACCUGUUGAAUUGUAACACAGUUCGCAGCUCACAAACUAGCCAAUUUGCCUCUUUAACUGAUAGUUUCAUUGUAAUCAUUUUCAUAAUAGUUGACACAAAACAAAAAGGUGCCGGGACGUCCAGGUAGUUACACAGUUUUAUAUCAGGUACUCAAAGUGUACUUACACAGUUUUAUAUCAGGUACUCAAAGUGUGAACACAACACCAUUUUGUGCCAGUACCCCGGCUCUAGUUCCCUUUACAAGGCAUGGGUUUCCGGUGCCCACUAUUGUUACUGCGCACAGUUUCUGCGCAUGCCAAGGUAGUUGCACGCGACGCAAAAGAAAUGCACAACACGCAGGACACGCGGACUGGUUUUGUUUCCUCUAAGUCUAUUAUCUACUCUCACAUAGUCAAUACCUGGGAAAAAAAAACUUCCCAUUAGUGGGCACCGUCCUUAAAAGAUUGGAGAGGGUCAGACUCGCUCUGAUAGCAUCUGAUAGAUCAAACCUGCAGGGGUCAAUUCAGUGUUAUGUGUGCAGCUCUUACCGAGUGAUUCUGUGCAAUGUUCCUUUUUCUAAUAGGAAUUUCUGUUCCUGAAUACUAGCAACAUAUCCUCAGAAGAUUUGGAGAGAAAUAUUACCGAAAUUCUGGAAAAGGAAGGAAGAGCUUUCGGAACAAGGGUGGAGUCCGGAUCGUGUAAAAAAUCGUAA